UGAGCGCGGUGACCCAAUCCUGACUUUCCCAUCAUCGCCGCGACGCCUGUGGGCUGAGGACUGACGAGGACGAAAGCUGAACUGAAGCGAGAGCGCAAAGAGCGAAGAAAGAGAAAGCUAGACCCCCGAAGAAGCUAGGGAGACAUUUUUGGGAGAAGAAGAGAUGGCCGCCCGAGCUCUUUCAAUUCUCUCUACUUCUACCUUCCACUCCCCGUGCCUACCGAAGAAACCUACCACCAUCUCCUCUUCCUCAUCACGUUCUCAAAAUUCGUUCGUUUCCUGCUUGUCUCCGCUCUCCGGAUCUUUAUUUGGUGAAUCCAUCUACCAAUCCCUCCGGCCACUAAUACCCUCCCCAAAGCAAGGCCUUUUCCACUCAGCGAUGGUUCUUUCUAUGCUACCCACCGCAAAACAUGACAUAGCGCCGGACAAAAUCCCCAACAGGUGGUCGGCGAGGUCAAUCAAGUCUUUCGGAAUGGCGGAGCUAGAAGCGAGGAAGUUGAAGUACCCAAACACUGGGACUGAGGCUCUCCUCAUGGGAAUCCUUGUCGAGGGGACUAGUAGAGCAGCAAGGUUUCUACGUGAAAAUGGCAUCACAUUAUUCAAAGUACGCGAAGAAACUGUCAAGUUACUGGGGAAGUCAGAUAUGUAUUUUUUUAGUCCGGAGCACCCACCCCUGACAGAACCUGCUCAGAGAGCGCUUGAUUGGGCUGUUGAUGAGAAGACAAAAUCAGGUGAGGGUGGUGAGAUCACCACAACCCAUAUGCUUCUAGGCAUAUGGUCAGAGAAAGAUUCAGCGGGCCACAAAAUACUGGCUUCCCUUGGCUUUGAUGAUGUGAAAGCUAGUGAACUGGCGAAAUCUGCAAACGAAGAGGUUAGCUUGAGCUACAGGUAGCAGGGGAUCACAAGAAAGACUUCCGCUCUAGUUAAUUAUAUGUUCGAUCCCUAUUGUUAGAUUUUUUUUAACUUUAAUCUUCGUUCAUUUGCUACUAAAUUGGCCUUUCUUGCUGCUUGAUUUGCUUCCAUAUUGUUGUUAACUGCUAAAGAUAGGAAUUGCUGUUCUGUAUUAUUGUUGUAUGUUUCCCCAUAAUAUUUAGAGAGAAAAUUAUUGUUUGAAUAUUUUUUAAGAUACUCAAAUUCAACCCUUGAAUCA